GUCCCUGAUAUUACACUUUAGUAGCAGUCGUGCAUAUUCACUUAGCCGCUCUGCUGUGGUUAAGUAAGUACUCAGUGGACCACAUGUAACAUUCAUUUUUUUCCAGCAUUAAUAUUACGUUUUCUUCUUUUGCUACAUAUUUCCAGACCUAUAAGCUGAAUGUAACACUGGCUCUUAAAGUGAAAACCAGCUUCUCAUUACAAAAACAGUGAUUUUUCUAAAUGUUAAAACAGCAGGAUGCAUUCAAACAGGUUAAACAUUUGGAGAUCCCUGUGAUUAAGUUUAUUUUUAUGGCAUUUGGUAUAACUUGCAGUGCUGAAAUGAAUAAAAAUGAAUCGUAAGAAUAUCUUGAACAGUUUGAGCUGUUUAAGGCAGAAACAAGGUGUGAACAGUAUGGCCUCUGCUGUAGCCGGUUUGUCAGAGGGUGUCUUGGGUUCAUAAUGUCUCUCCUCGGUCGGGACCACUUUCAUCCCCUAUAGAGCUGUGAUCUUCAUGUCAACGCUUUCCCGGAUACUCCUGAUUAACUCCUUCAUGUUCAGAAAAUGAAUGAACUGCCCAUCCCUGAUCCCCUUUCGAGCUUUUCUCCGGCUGGCGGGCUGUCGCAUCCUCUUCUUGCGCAGAGCUGCAUGGCAACGGGAGGAGGAGGCAGCUCGGGAUGAAGGAGGGUACCAGCGUCCCACGUGUCCUCCUCACCGCAGACCCAACGCAUUGCUCUUCGGUUUCCCAUCCCUUCGUUUCCGCAUACUGCAGAUUCGCAUAUACACACACAUACAACCUCAUCCAUACACCCAUACGCACCCGCGCAGGCUUGCGGAGCUAUGAUUCCGCGGUGCGCACUCUCCCGUUCCACACUAUUUCUAAACUGAUCACUCUCUAGGCCUGUAUCCAUCAUCUCCGACAAAGGCCUGUCACUUCUUUUUUUCAUCAUUCUGAUAUGCAAAUCCAAAUUCUCUGUAGCAGUGUUGACCGGAGCUGAGAGGGCGAGUGAUAGAGAGGGGGAGAGAUGAGAGGAGGCACAUCGUCAGAUGUUUAGUAGAUUGAUUUUGGAUCCUCGCCAUCAUUUGUGUGAUUUUUUUUAGUCUUUUCUUCACUCCGUCUGCCGGGUUCGUGACAUCCUGCGGCUCUCCAUGCUGUAAUCCGGGGGAAUAUGUGAAGAUCAUGCUGGCGGUGUGGUGCUUCACGGUCUUUGCUGCAGUGGGCGAGAGGCUUGCAGUCUCAGGUGUUGACAGGAACCUGGAGCAGGAUGGAAGCAUGUGGGACUGGUUUGCCCCAGUGGGCCGGGCGGAGAGUGGGGACACUGCAACCGAGAUCAUUUAUCCAAAGCGCCUCGUACAGCAAAUCAAGUCAGAAGAAGAAAUGGCUCAUGACUACUUGGGUACCAGGGUGAAGAAUAGCACCGGGGACACCUUGCCUGUCCACUUGGCCCAGAGCUGUUUCCAAGUAGAAGCCUUUGGACGCACCUUCACUUUAGACCUGGAAUUAAAUCACCAUCUUCUGUCUUCAGAUUAUGUAGAACGGCACUUUAACCAGGAUGGCAGUCCCUUUCAGUCUGUGGGAGGGGAACACUGCUACUAUCAGGGAAGGUUAAGAGGUUUACCAGAGUCCUGGGCAGCUGUCUCCACAUGCCAUGGCUUGUGUGGCAUGUUCUCUGAUGGCUUCUUCUCUUACGGUAUUGAGCCCUUUCACAAUGACAGCAAUCAGUAUGAUGGUGCUCACCUAAUACGCAGGAUGCCUGAUAUCAGACUUCCGGCCCAUUGUCCAGACUGUACAGAGGACAGUGAGUGGGAUGGCAGAGGAGGUGAUGGUGAUGAUGAUGACAGACCGGACCAAGUGAGGGAGCAGCAGGCGUCUGGGGGUCUGCGACGGUCCAAGCGAAGUGUUCGCAAGCCCUCUGUGCAGACUGAGACCAAAUAUAUUGAGCUGAUGGUGGUCAAUGACAAUGAUAUG